AUACCAAUCCUCAACACACACUCACACCAACAACUCAACCCUUCCUGCCAAGUUGCAUACGGAAUUAUUGUUCAAUUUCACUUGGUCCCAGUGAAGUCCACCCACUCUUCCCUGCUUUCGACGAGGCAGACUGUGUGUCCGUCAUACGAUGGGAAUAUUAAUGUUGGAAAUUGAAAUCGAACGCCGGUAUCAUAAACGCAUAACAAAAAACGGUACACUGAAACCAGUGGUUGACCAAUCGGUACGAUCGGUACGGACGUGAUCAUGCUAACGGUGUCAGUUACGCAACCCAAGCACCACAAGAAGCGACGAACUGACCUUGAUGACGUUCGGGUCCUUCCCGUUAGUAGCUGAUAAGGAACACAGGAGGGGGAGAGCAUCUAGAAGAGUAUAAAUAGCGAGUGCAUUCUUCAGCAAACGGUACAGUUGUUCUGUUCAAUCGAAAGCCAAUCAAACCAACCUUUGAAAAUGUUUGCCAAAAUCAUCUUCUUCUUCGGCCUGCUCGUUGCUGCUGCCUACGGCAAGCCCGUAUUCCCGCUAGCCUACUCGGCACCGCUCGUUGCUGCUCCUUCCGUAGCGGUGGCCUCUCCACUGGCCGCUCCGUUUGCCGCUGCUGCUUACACGGCGGCUGUCCCGGCAGUUUCGGCGGCAUACACGGCUUCUCCUUACGCCUACAGUGCUUAUCCUUACAGUGCCUAUGGAUCGUAUUUGCUGUAAAAUGUAUCUCGUCUGCUCAACAAGUACACAAAUGAAGCGUCGGUUGAUGGUGGUUAUGUUUGAAAUAUAAAUUUAUUGUUUGCAA